UCCACACAGCCAGCUGAGUAGUUCUGCUAAGCAAGUCUGAUGCCUGAUUGUACGCACGCACAAAUACUCACCAUGGAUCCAAACAAAAUACUCAACGCAUUGGAAGCUACAAUGAACCCAAACCUGAGGAAGGAGGCUGAAGAACAACUUGAUCAGAUGCACAAAAUUGCCGGGUUUUCCCCUCUUCUGAUACAACUAGUAAUGUCCGACGAAGUACAAAUGGCUGUGCGGCAAUCAGGGGCAAUUUAUUUAAAGAACUUGUGCGUCCAUUCUUGGCAUGAACGUACGGACAAGGACGGAACUCCAAUUACUGACGUUUUUUCAAUCCAUGAAAAUGACCGUGGUCUAAUCAGAAGCAAUAUUGUUAAAGCUUUAAUUCAUGCACCUGAUAUUAUAAGGAACCAACUUACAGUUGUCGUCCAAAACAUCAUCAAACACGAUUUCCCACAAGUUUGGCCAAACGUAGUAAACGAGGUUCAUUUCCAUCUUCAAUCUGAAGCCCCACGCGAAUGGAUGGGAGCUCUGCUUACUUUAUAUCAACUCGUCAAAACAUAUGAAUUCAAGAAACCUGAUGCGCGAGGUCCGGUGAUUGAAGCGAUGAAGUUGCUGCUCCCUGUGAUGCUCCAACUCUUCCGGAAGUUGAUGGAGGAUCCUUCAGCUUCUUCUGCAUUGUUGCAGAAACAAUUGCUCAAAAUAUUAUACGCCCUUAUACAAUAUUCACUGCCCAUGGAUUUAUUCAAUGAAAAGAUAAUGGAUGAAUGGAUUAAUAUUAUGAGGGUGAUUAUUGACACACCACCACCACCAGAUACACUACAGGUGGAUGAACUUGAGAGAUGCGAGCUACCUUGGUGGAAAAGUAAAAAGUGGGCCGUGCAUUUCCUAGCAAGGAUGUUUGAAAGGUAUGGAAGUCCAGGCAGCGUGACUAAGGAAUACAACGCUUUCUCUGAAUUCUUCCUUAAACGAUACACAGUGAGCAUCCUCCAAGUUCUGUUGAAGAUAUUUGACGCUUACCGCAACAAGGAAUAUGUGGCACCUCGUGUCUUACANCAAGCUUUGCAUUUCCUUGACCAAUCUGUCAGUCACGCGCAUACAUGGAAAGUUAUGAAGGGAGCCUACCAUGAUUUAUUAAAAGACAUCAUUUUCCCUCUGAUGUGUUUCACUGAUGAAGACAAAGAGGUUUGGGAAGAUGAUCCGCAUGAAUAUAUUAGGAUGAAGUUUGAUAUAUUUGAAGACUUUUUGUCACCUGCAAGUGCUGCGCAACAUCUUUUACAUUCAGCUGCCUCAAAAAGAAAACAAGUUCUUCAAAAAACUAUGGGAUUUUGCUACAGUGUCCUCACUGAUGCUGCAACAUCGGAAGAGUUAAUCCGGAGGCGGGACGGAGCUCUCCACAUCAUUGGAUCACUUGCUGAUACCUUGCUUAAGAGGAAGAUGUAUAAAGAUCAACUUGAACUGAUGUUGAGGACCCACGUGAUCCCGGAGCUACAAAGCGAUUAUGGCUUCAUGAGGGCUCGGGCUUGCUGGGUGGUGCAACACUUCAGCGAAGCAAAGUUCAAGAAAAAGGAAAAUAUUAUAGCGACUGCUGAAGCGUUGAAACAUCUUCUUCUCAACGAUGGGGAUUUACCUGUAAGAGUAGAAGCCGCAAUGGCAUUGCAGGAGUUUUUGUCCGAGCAGGAGAUAGCUGAGAAACAUUGUGUGCAACAUGUGAGGCCUAUUAUGCAAGCUUUGCUGCAACUCGUACACGAAACUGAAAAUGACGAUCUCACGUCGAUUGUGCAGAAGGUUAUUUGUCUUUAUUGUGAGCAUGUUAUACCUUAUGCUGUGGAGAUUACCCAAAACUUGACAGCUACGUUCCUCAAAGUAGUUGCAAGUUGUAGCGGUGACGCUGACGGGGCAACAGGUGACGCUGGGGACAAUAACGAUGAUAAAGCUGUCACUGCCAUAGGGAUUCUCAGUACCAUAGAAACCGUGCUUGAUAUGAUGGAGGAAGAGAGGGAGAUCACGCUUCAACUUGAAUCAAUCGUCGCUCCUCUUGUUGCUCAUGUUUUAAAGACCAGGAAUAUAGAUUAUUAUGAAGAGAUCUGCUCACUCAUGUAUUCCCUCACCUGCCAAGCGAUAUCUCCACCAAUGUGGGAAGCCCUGCACCUUAUAUCGGAAGUAUUCCAGGAGGACGGGUUCGAUUACUUCACUGAUAUGAUGCCAGUCUUACACAACUUCUGCACUAUUGAUACUCCAACAUUAUUAUCUAACCCUAAAUACUUGGAACUUAUAUUUGGGAUGUGUAAACAGGUUCUUGCUAAGGAAAGUGGAGAAGACCCUGAAUGCCACGCAGCUAAACUACUUGAGGUGAUAAUCUUACAAUGCAGGGGACAGAUUGACCAGUGUAUCCCGUUAUUUGUCGAAGUUGCGUUGUCUCGGUUGACGAAAGAAGUUAAGACGAGUGAGCUUCGAACCAUGUGUUUGCAAGUUGUGAUUGCCGCGUUAUAUUACAACCCCACAUUACUUCUACAAACAUUGGAGAGCAUGAGGUUUCCAAACACGACCGAAACAAUUUCCGAACAAUUCUUCCGACAGUGGAUUAAUGAUGUCGAUUGUUUCUUGGGUAUCCACGAUCGACGAGUAUGUGUGCUUGGUAUUUGUACCUUGAUGGAUCUCCCUAAUAGACCAGCUUGUAUCAACGAAAUAUCGAGCCAGUUCAUCCCAUCUCUUAUAAUGUUGUUCCAAGGGUUGGUACGAGCUUAUAAAGUACAAGGAGGGGAAACAUCCAGCAACAGCUCCGAUGAUUCCUCGGACGAAGAAGACGAGGAGGAAGUUUACGAACAAGCGGAACUCGCAUCUGAUGAAGACGAGAUUGACGAGGAGUCUGCCGAAUAUUUGGAGAUGUUGCAAACCAAGGAUGACGAAGAUGAUGACGACGACGACGAGGAUGAAUUAGGAGCGGAGGGAGAAACGAUGUUGGAAUCUUUUCCAACAUUAUUGGAAGCGGAAGAUGCGGCGAUUGACGAGUUUGUCGCGUUCAAACAAGUUCAUAUUUGUAAGGGUUGGGUGUGGGCUUUAAUAAUUGGUCAGGGUAUAACAGUAAAACACACUAAUUGAUUGUGUUGCCACCUA